AAUGUGGGUGCAGAGGGGAAAGAGGACAGAAUGCUCGUGCUGAUGACUCCAUGCGCCCUGCCAGGGACGCCCAAGCCACAGGUCACGUGGCGGAAGGGCCCAUCCUCGGAGCCCCUGCGUGGCCGGCCGGGCCUGGAGGUGCUGGAUGAAGGCUCCCUGUUUCUGGCCUCAGUUUCUCCCACUGACAGCGGAGACUAUGAGUGCCAGGCCACCAAUGAGGCAGGCUCCACGUCCAGGAGAGCCAAGCUGGUGGUCUAUGUGCCCCCUAGCAUCCGGGAGGAUGGGCGCAGGGCCAAUGUGUCAGGCAUGGCCGGGCAGUCCCUGACUUUGGAGUGUGAUGCGAAUGGCUUUCCAGCCCCUAAGAUCGUGUGGUUCAAGGAUGGGCAGCCGAUCCCCGAGACGGGCCAUCACUGUCUCCUGGACAAGCCCCGGGCCCUCCACUUUCCCAGGAUCCAGGAGGGCGAUUCUGGCCUCUACUCCUGCCGGGCAGAGAACCAGGCCGGGACUGCCCAGAAGGACUUCGAUCUCCUCGUGCUCAUCCCUCCUUCCGUGCUGGGAGCCGGGGCUGCCCAGGAGGUGCUGGGCCUGGCUGGUACAGAGGUGAAGCUGGAGUGCCGGGCGUCGGGGGUCCCCGCGCCCCAGGUGGAAUGGAUCAAGGACGGGCAGCCCAUCCUCCCAGGAGACCCUCACAUCCAGCUCCAGGAGGACGGCCAGGUUCUCAGAAUCACCAGCAGUCACCUGGGGGACGAGGGCCAGUACAAGUGCCUGGCCUUCAGCCCCGCCGGCCAGCAGGCCAAGGACUUCCAGCUCAGAAUGCAGGCACCUCCCACCAUCUGGGGCUCCAACGAGACGAGCGAGGUGGCCGUCAUGGAGGGCCGCCCAGUAUGGUUCUUGUGUGAGGCCCGAGGAGUGCCUGCUCCUGACAUCACCUGGUUCAAGGACGGGGCCUCCCUCCCGCUCAGCGCCAAGGCUGUCUACACCAGGGGCGGCCGGCAGCUACAGCUGGGGAGGGCCCAGGUUGUGGAUGCUGGCAUCUACACCUGCCAGGCCAGGAACCCUGUGGGCGUCACUGAGAAGAGCACCAGGCUGGAGGUUUAUGUCCCACCCACCAUCGAGGGCGCUGGAGGAGGGCCUCGUGUGGUGAAGGCUGUGGCUGGGAGGCCCUUGGCGCUGGAGUGUGUGGCUAGAGGCCACCCGCCCCCCACCCUCUCCUGGUACCACGGGGGACUUCCUGUGGCAGAGAGCAACGAGACAUGGCUGGAGGCGGGAGGCAGCGUGCUGAGCCUGGAGAGCCUGGGGGAGGCGUCCGGAGGCCCGUACAGCUGCGUGGCCAGCAGCCCCGCGGGGGAGGCCGUGUUGCAGUAUUCCGUGGAAGUGCAAGUGCCCCCACAGCUCCUGGUGGCUGAAGGCUCCAGCCAGGUGACCGCCCUCGUGGGACAGCCCCUGGAACUUCCCUGCCAGGCCUCAGGCUCCCCCGUGCCCACUCUCCAGUGGCUGCAGAACGGCCGCCCGGCCGAGGAGCUGGCUGGGGUGCAGGUCGCCUCACGGGGGGCCACGCUGCGCAUCCACCACGUGGAACUGGGCCACGCAGGCCUCUUCGCCUGCCAGGCCACCAACGAGGCGGGCACCGCUGGGGCUGAGGUGGAGCUCUCCGUGCAUGAGCUCCCACUGGUGGCCAUCGUCGGGGGUGACAAUAUCACAGCCCUUUUCCUGCAGCCUGUGACCCUGCAGUGUGUGGGGACUGGGGUACCCGCCCCAAGUCUCCGCUGGUGGAAGGAUGGCGUGGCCCUGGCAGCCUUGGGGGGGAAACUGCAGAUCGAGAAGGCAGACCUGAGGGAUGAAGGCGUUUACACUUGUGCUGCUAGUAGCCUGGCUGGCGAGAGCAAAAGGGACGUGGCCCUCAAGGUGUUGGUGCCCCCCAACAUUGAGCCAGGCCCGCUGAACAAGGCAGUGCUGGAAAAUGCCUCAGUAACCUUGGAGUGUCUGGCUUCGGGCAUGCCCCCUCCUGAUAUCUCCUGGUUCAAGGGCCGCCAGCCUGUCUCUGCCCGGAAGGGAGUGACAGUGUCAGCUGAUGGGAGAGUUCUCCACAUUGAGCGGGCACGAUUUUCUGAUGCUGGGAGCUACCGCUGUGUGGCAUCCAAUAUGGCAGGCAGCACAGAGCUGCAGUAUGGGCUACGGGUCAAUGUGCCUCCACGCAUCACAUUGCCACCCAGCCUGCCAGGCCCCGUGCUGCUCAACGCCCCAGUCCGGCUGACCUGUAAUGCCACCGGAGCCCCCAGCCCCACGCUGAUGUGGCUGAAGGAUGGAAACCCUGUGUCCACUGCUGGGGCCUCGGGCCUCCAGGUCUUCCCUGGGGGCCGGGUCCUCACCCUGGCCAGAGCCCGGGCCUCGGACUCGGGCAGCUACUCGUGCGUGGCCGUGAGCGCGGUGGGUGAGGACCGCCGGGACGUCGUGCUGUCUGUCCACACGCCCCCAAGCAUCCUCGGGGAAGAGCUGAACGUGUCCGUCGUGGCCAACGAGUCCGUGGCCCUGGAGUGCCGGAGCCGAGCCGUGCCCCCUCCCGUGCUGAGCUGGAGGAAGGAUGGCCGCCCCCUGGAGCCGCGGCCCGGCGUCCACCUCUCUGCAGACAAGGCCUUGUUGGAGGUGAGCAGAGCGGAGGUGGGGGACGCAGGCCGCUAUACCUGUGAGGCACUGAACCAGGCAGGCCGCUCGGAGAAGCACUACAACCUGAACGUCUGGGUGCCUCCCGUGUUCCCCUCAAGGGAACCCCGCACCCUGAGCGUGACCGAGGGGCAAACUGCCAGGCUGUCCUGUGAAUGUCGGGGCAUCCCCUUCCCCAAGAUCUCCUGGAGGAAGGACGGUCAGCCCUUGCCGGGGGAGGGGAACAGCCUCGAGCAGGUGUCCGCUGUGGGGCGGUUCCUGUACCUGGGACAGGUCCAGCUGGCCCAGGACGGCACAUACACCUGUGAGUGCAGCAACGUGGCGGGAAAUAGCAGCCAGGACCAGCUGCUGGAGGUGCAUGAUCCCCCCCACAUCGAGGACUCAGGCCAGCCUGCAGAGCUGUUGCUGACCCCCGGCUCCCCCUUGGAGCUCCACUGUGAUGCCCGGGGCACCCCCCCGCCCAACAUCACCUGGCAUAAGGAUGGACAGGCCCUGAGCAGGCCUGAGGACAGCAGCAGGGCACUCCAGAUGGAGGGCGUGCAGGUGGGCGAUGCUGGGCUGUACACUUGCCUGGCCCAGAGCCCUGCUGGCGAAGUCGAGAAGAGCUUCCGGGUCAGGGUUCAAGGCCCCCCACACGUUGUUGGGCCCCGAGGCCCCCGCCCCGUGGUCGGCCUGGCUCCGGGGCAGCUCAUUCUGGAGUGCUCGGUGGAGGCCGAGCCAGCGCCUGAGAUUGAAUGGCACCGGGAUGGCAUCCUGCUGCAGGCGGAUGCCCACACCCAGUUCCCAGAGCAGGGCAGGUUCCUCCAGCUGCAGGCCCUGAGCACGGCCGACGGGGGCGAAUACAGCUGCACGGCGCACAAUGCCGUGGGCAGCACCAGCGUGGCCUUCCGUGUGGAGAUCCACGCGGUGCCCACCAUCCAGCCAGGACCCGCCACAGUGACCGCCUCUGUGAACCAGACGGCCCUGCUGCCCUGCCGCGUGGACGGCGCCCCCCCUCCCCUCGUGAGCUGGCGGAAGGACGGAGCCCCCCUGGAUCCUGACGGCCCCAGGCUGCAGGUCCUGCCCGAGGGUUCCCUGAGGAUCCAGCCCGUCCUUGCCCAGGACGCCGGCCACUACCUCUGUCUUGCAUCCAACUCUGCAGGCUCUGAUCGGCAAGGCCGCCAUCUCCAGGUCUUUGAGCCUCCAGCCAUCACCCCUGGCCCCUCCAACCUGACCCUGACUGCCCACACCCCUGCCUCACUGCCCUGUGAGGCCAGCGGCUCCCCCAAGCCCCGGGUGGUCUGGUGGAAGGAUAGACAGAAGUUGGAUUUCCAUCUGCAGCAGGAUGCUUACCGGCUCCUGCCCUCCAACGCCCUGCUCCUGGCAGCUCCCGGCCCCCAGGACUCAGCCCACUUUGAGUGCGUGGUGAGCAAUGAGGUGGGCGAGGCCCGCAGGCUCUACCAGGUGACCAUCCACGUACCUCCCACCAUUGCCGACGACCAGACAGACUUCACCGUGACCAAGAUGGCGCCCGUGGUCCUCACAUGUCACAGCAUGGGUGUCCCGGCCCCGGUCGUGUCCUGGAGCAAGGCAGGCACCCAGCUGGGGAGGCGGGGGAACGGCUAUCGUGUCUUGCCUUCGGGUGCCCUGGAGAUCGGGCAGGCCCUCCCCAUCCACACCGGCCGCUACACUUGCACGGCCCGCAACUCUGCCGGCGUGGCCCACAAGCAUGUGGUCCUUACUGUGCAGGCCUCCCCCGUGGUGAAGCCUCUGCCCAGCGUGGUCCGGGCUCUGGCAGCAGAGGAGGUGCUGCUGCCUUGUGAGGCUUCGGGCAUCCCCCGGCCAAGCAUCACCUGGCAGAAGGAGGGGCUCAGCAUCCUUGCAGGAGCAAGUACCCAGGUCCUACCCACCGGACAGCUUCGGAUUAUCCACGCCGGCCCAGAGGAUGCCGGGAACUAUUUUUGCCUUGCCCAGAACAGCGCGGGCAGCGCCGUGGGGAAAACACGGCUGGUGGUGCAAGUCCCGCCCGUGAUCGAGACUGGCCUCCCUGACCUGUCCAUUACCGAAGGCUCCCACGCCCUCUUGCCCUGCUCGCCCAGCGGCAGUCCUGAGCCCAGCAUCACCUGGGAAAAAGAUGGCCAGCCCGUGUCCGGAGCCGAGGGGAAGUUCACCAUCCAGCCUUCGGGGGAGCUGCUGGUGAAGAACCUGGAGAGUCAGGACGCUGGGACCUACACCUGCGUGGCCGAGAACGCCGUGGGCCGCGCCCGCCGCCGCGUGCACCUCAGCAUCCUGGCACUGCCCGUCUUCACCACCCUGCCUGGGGACCGAAGCCUGCACCUCGGGGACAGGCUGUGGCUUCGCUGUGCGGCCCGGGGCAGCCCUACCCCCCGCAUUGGCUGGACCAUCAACGACCGGCCAGUCACGGAGGGGGUGUCUGAGCAGGAUGGGGGCAGCACACUGCAGCGGGUGGCCGUCACCAGAGAGGACAGCGGGACCUACGUCUGCUGGGCCGAGAACAGAGUGGGCCGCGUGCAGGCUGUCAGCUUCGUCCAUGUGAAGGAAGCCCCUGUGUUGCAAGGGGAGGCCUUCUCCUACCUGGUGGAGCCUGUGGGGAGCAGCAUCCAGCUGGACUGUGUGGUCCGUGGCGCCCCGGCACCUGACAUCCACUGGAUCAAAGAUGGCCUCCCGCUCCGGGGCAGCCGGCUCCGGUAUCGGCUACAGAAUGGCUCGCUGACCAUCCGCAGGACGGAGAUGGACGACGCCGGCCAGUACCAAUGCCUCGCAGAGAAUGAGGUGGGCGUGGUGGAGAAAGUAGUGAUCCUCGUGCUGCAGAGGGUCCCGGUGAAGGUGACCAACGUCAAGGACGGCACCACCCACCGCACGUCCCUGGAGCUCUUCGUGUACCUGAAUGAAGUCGCGGGCAAGCACGGCGUUGGCCGCAUUGACAUCGUGGAGAACCGUUUCAUUGGGAUGAAGUCCCGAGGUAUCUACGAGACCCCAGCAGGGACGAUCCUUUACCACGCUCAUUUAGACAUCGAGGCCUUCACCAUGGAUCGCGAAGUGCGCAAAAUCAAACAGGGCCUGGGCCUGAAAUUCGCCGAGCUGGUGUACACGGGUUUCUGGCACAGCCCAGAGUGUGAAUUUGUCCGCCACUGCAUCGCCAAGUCCCAGGAGCGUGUGGAAGGGAAAGUACAGGUGUCUGUCUUUAAGGGCCAGGUGUACAUCCUCGGCCGGGAGUCCCCGCUGUCCCUCUACAACGAGGAGCUGGUGAGCCCUUGAGUGACAGCCUCACAGGGACCAGCGAGGAAGCCGUGAGCGGUAGCAGAACUGGAAAUGCCGUGGCACAGUAGGUAGAAAGUAAUGUAAUUAUAGAGCAGGUCAGAGCCACUCGAAUGAACAAAAAUAAAAGCACAGAGGUUUUCUGUAGACCGUCAGGGGAGGUACAAAAAAAAAAA